AUGUCCAGCACCAACCAAAAUCAGACCAAGUCUGGCAAAAGGACUGCUGUGCCCCAGCCCCCCAGACCCACUGGUGUUUCCACUGGAACAGAUGUGGCUGCAGCCAUCAAUCUCUCACAUGCCCAGUCUACUGCUGCCCACAAAAGGUUAGCAGCAAGGAAGGCAACAAAGGCAACUGCACCUGAGGGUGAAGAAGGGGGAGAGAUGGAUGUCAAACAGGUGACUGCACCCAAGGGUGAAGAAGGGGGAGAGAUGGAUGUCAAACAUGUGACUGCUCCUGAGGGUGAAGAGGGGGGAAAGAUGGUUGUCAAACAGAAGAGUGGUGGCAAGAAGAGCCCCAAGAAAAAUUCUAAGAAACAUGGACACCAGGAUGAAGUGGAAGAGACUGCAGGAAUGGAAACUGGAGGGGUCUCAGAGGCAGUGACACUGGAAAACACACUGUCAUCACCCCAGGAACAAGCCUCAACCUGCAGAAUUCCUCCAACCAGAACAAACUCCCCAGAGUACCCAGGAGAGGAUGACUCCUACACAGUGUUCCCCACACUACCACUACAAACCCCACUGACUUUGUCAGCAACAAUAAUCUGCCAAAGGGAGAGAGCACUCUCAGUCCAAGCCCUACCACCACCAUACACACCAACAACACUCCCAACCCUGUCACCAGCAGUACCCCCACCCUCAUUACCCCCACCAGUCCCACAGCCAACACCAUCAACAGGAUGCCCAAGAGUGAUGGCAGAAGCAGUUCCCCUCUUCUAUGGAGACCACACAGAGGCAGAAAACCCAAGCAACUUCAUCAAAGCAUUCAACUGCAGCAUGCUAUUCCUCAACCCACUCUCAACUGACACACAGAAGAUCAAAGCACUAGCCAACUACCUCAGAACAGGCUCACCAGCCAAGCAUUGGUAUGAGGACCUCAUGACAACACAGUUAGCCAGCUGGGAUGAGCUGACUAAGGUGUUCAACAACAGAUGGCCCACACUGAAGAGCACAUCCCAAACAUCAGAGGAAUACCAAAUGGAACUACUGUCACACAAAAUGCUCAAAGAAGACAUUGGAAUAAUCCAGACAGUGGGCCAGCAGAAGGUAUGGUCACAUGUAAGGUGGGUGGAUGAGGCCAUGGAGCUCACAAGACUAGCAAAGAUUGAGGGAGGGUCCACAUUAAUAUGGCAGGUCAAGAACCAGCUCCCACAAGCAAUCAGGAAACUACUAGAUGAUGAAUACAUGAAUUGGAAAAUGUUCAUGGACAAUGUCAAGAAGCUGAAUACAUUGAAGCUGAAACAGGAAUGUGAGGAGAUAGAAGAGAGAAAGAAGAGAGAGGAGGAGUGA